GUGAGUGAGUGCAGGGCAGCAGGCUAAAAAAAUCUCUUCUCCUAAUCAAUAAUAAUAAUAAUAACAAUAAUAAUAAAAAUACAUUUUAUUUAUUUAUUUUUUUAGUUUGUUUCUUUUUACAGAGGAACAGUGUAAAUUUCUUAUAUUCAAACCUUGGGAAGAUUCCCAGAACUGCCACAAGGAAAAUCAGUUCUCUCCACCUCCCUCUUCCUUUACUCUCCUCCUCUGCCUUACCCAUCAUUUUCAACACAUCCAUGAGUGUGACCAACUCCUCUGCCUAUCGAUCGGAGCGUAGUUUCCACCAGACAUCAUCCUCAACUUCGCCCUCUGGUAACCCAUACAUGGAGAAGAGCAGGGGAUUGUUCACUGAGGACUUUGGCUCCUUCAUGAGGCCUGGGAGCGACACUUUGGGUUUUUCCAGUGGAACUGGAAAUAUCAAAACUCUUGAUGAUUCCUACCAGUUCACAGUUGAUGUGCAAGACUUCUCUCCUGAAGAUGUCAUUGUCACCACAUCCAACAACCAAAUAGAAGUUCGUGCAGAAAAGUUAGCCCAGGAUGGUUCAGUGAUGAACGCUUUCACCCAUAAGUGCCAACUACCCGAGGAUGUGGACCCCACCUCAGUGACAUCAUCACUGGGUGCCGACGGGACCCUAACAGUCCGGGCGCGGAGGCACCCAGCCAAAACCGAGCUCACACAGACCUUCCGUACCGAGAUCAAAAUCUAGAGAGGAACUAACUCCCUCAAAAUGCUUUCUCUUCUUGUGUUUUUCAAGUUCCCCAAUUUCUCAUCAUCACUGCCAUCAUUCUACUUCACACACUAUUCCAUACAAAUGACACAUCCACCUUUUAAUGACAGCAAAAAUGUCUGUACUUUUAAUUUAUAUCUGAGUUAGUCCAGACUACACAGAAACAAUGAGUCAUAUCUGCACAUAAAGACACACACACACAUAAUUAGCUCACUACUUCACUCCUGUCCUAACAGUUUUCAAACAGAUCACUCAAAAUAUUGUGGUUACUCAUUAACAAUAAUUUAUUGUAUAUUAUUGCUUGUGUGAAUAAACUGACAUUAAACAUGA